GCUGCAGCAGUUCAGAUGGUUUUACCUUCAGAACCAAAGAGCAGAGAAGAUUUUCUGCAGUACUUGCCUGCGCCCAUUUUACACAGAUGGAACUCUCCUCAGGCUUUGAGUAGAGAGGAAGCCCAGGCGUGUAAACCGUCUCUCGCAGGUCAGUCAUUUAACAGUCGGAUCCUAUGGGAACACACCAGGGGGCGCUACAGCUGCCUUCAGUGCGGUCACUCCACCCCCGAGCGCAAAGAGAUGACGGCACACAUCGAGGGCCACCACAGGAGCCCGUGGGCCAAAACUAAUGACACUGGUAUCACCCAUGUUCUGCUAAUUAGUGGGUUCGAUUCAGCAGUCGGUUCUCCUUCAUCGCUGGUAAAAUCUUCAACCAACUCUGAGAACUCGAGUUACACCCAGCUUUAGAGUCACGUCGGAGUCAGACACUGAACGGAUUGGAAAUGACACAUCGCAUUACCUGCAUUGAUAUUUAAAGAUAUUAUGUAACGAUUAGCUGAAUCUCACCGAUCUUCCACUUAUGUUUUAUUUUUACAUUGUAAUUGUGUUUAUUUAUAUAUAUAUAGUAUCUGUAGCUCAUUUCAAGGCUGUCUGUAUUUGAUUCGGUUGCAUGAACUUGGAUUGGAUUUGCUUGGAUCUAAUUGGUGCUUCAUUGUUCAUCCUGUAAUGUAUUGAUAAAAUGUUUGACUGGUCUGAAGCUGCAUUUGUUCUUUUUUUAAGUAAAUACUGACACUUUACUAAGGUGUACUUUAAAAAAAGUGUAAAGAUUUAACCCGAGCUCUGAAAAGAGACACUGCUCUAGAGCUAGAAGUCAGCUUCACACGUGAGUUAAUUAUAGGACAUUUUAGUAAUUCCUGUUUUAUUUUGUCUGUUGCUUAUAAAUGUUAAAGCUCAUGUCUUAUAUCAAUCUAUAGUCUCAUAGAUUGACAGACUGCCAUUUUUUUUAUUUUUAGUCAAAAGCGAUCUUAACUAGCUUACUAUAUUGUUAUAAAAGCUUCUUGACUUCUUGAAUACUAGUCAGCAAUCAAGAGUGAUAUUUGCUGAGUUUAUUCACAUUUAAGCUAGCUGAUGACUUUUCAUGUCUGUACUGAUGUUUCCUUUGUCAAUAAAUACAAAAGUUAUAAAGUG